GGAGGAUAAUCUGUACUACGAAUUAGUUGGUAUUCUGAUGGAGUCACAUGAGAGUAGUAGUAGUAGGUAUUUGAUGAUAGUGGUAGGUGCACCCCACAGUUUACUAGAACGACGACUAGCUUUAUCUUAGUGCAUGAACCACCUUUGAUAAAGAGUAUGGAGACAUUAAAGCAUCCACAGCAUUAUCACAAUCAACUAAAAGCAACAAUGUCAAAUCCAGAUCCAGAACCAGAUCCUUCUUACACUGUAUUCAUAAGAUUACCAUUUCCCCGUGGUGACUUUGUUGAUCCUCCAGAUGUAUGUAUGGAAUAUUUUGAUGAUUAAAUGAAUCGGGCUGACUUCAGUAGGUGGAAUGGGAUGCAGCCAAGGACAAGGCUCUAUGGAAGAUACUGUCCAAAGCUUCGAAGAAUAGUGAUGUUGAUUGUAAGUCCUUGAAUAGAUUAUGAGUAUUAUUAUGCUAACUGAUAUAGGGGCUGCAUUGUAGGUUUCAUAUUCGUAUUCUUACAUUCAACCUAAUUCAAUCGCAGGGCUACGAAAUUCGAAGUCACUCUUGCAUUCCUUCUCCAACAAGCAGCAUGGCUUUACGAACGACAACUCUCCCAAGUUCGCGCGCAGAUGAGGAAAGUGACGGUAUCGAAAGGUUCUUUAGCUCCGUCACCAGUUCCAGGCAGCACAUCGGAAACAACAGGUGGUGAAGGAAUGAAGAGGACAGGAUCUGGAGGUGGAGGUAUGUUGGCACAUGCGACACUUCGAUUUAGGGGCUCAUUACUCGCAGGUCCACGAAUUCAAUCCUCUUUAUCUAACAGAAAAGAAACAUCUUUGUCGAAGACUGAUGGAAGCGUACCAGAUACACCAAAUCGCGCAAUGGGUAUUAACUCAACCUUAGUUAGCUAUGCAUCAUAUCAUAUAUCUGACGUUAACUAGCUCCGCGAGUCUCUCGCACCUCAUCUCGAGACACAACUAUCCAAUCCCGAACAUUUUCACCAACAAGUCCCCGGCCAGGUCAUGCAACCAUAGAACGACGAACCCUCUCUCCAAAACCACGAUCACGACCUGCUUCAAUGGCGAUUGACCAUCCACCUAGAAACUCUCCACAACAGGCACAACCUUCCUCUCCAGAGGACUCUUCUGACGAUGACGCUUUUCAAUUUCAGUCCAGGCUCCUCCACCGACGCUUUCCUUCCAGCAAGAAGAAACCCCAAGGCCCCUCUUCGGAUGAUGACGAACCUGCAUUUCUCCGUACCUCUCAUGAUCCAUCUGCUACCCUUCGUGGCGACCCCCGCAACAUCUCACGACGAACACCGGUUCUUACCAAAAAAACAGUACCACUUGAAUCACAAACUUCUGAUUCUUCUACAAGCUCUACUGCUCAAAUCGUUAACAAAAGACACGAUGCUGUAAGCGGAGGAGGAAGACGACCACCAAGCGGACCAUUAAGCCCGCGCCGAACAGCGGAGUUACAAAGUGAGAGAAGUGAUGGAGGAACACCAAGUAUGGGUAGUAGUUUUAGUGAUUUGGAUGGUCUGUCUUCCCCUUUCUCCACGACUUUCAAGCCAUAAGGCUUAUUCCAUUCUUGUUCCUUGUUUAUCCCUUUAGUAAUUUUCAUCCGUUCCCAUUGCGUUUCUUAACUCUAAUUCCACUAUUUUGUUCUCGAAAACUCUCCUAUACAGUGAAUUUCGAGUGAGGAAAGAACAAUGGCUAAUUCUAACGAAAAUUAGACGCAUCCGUAACACAAAGUGCACUAGAAGAGGCACUUGCGAGCAACAUGCAGGCAGGCGGGAUGGCUAGUAGAAUGAGUACCAUCAGCCAAGCUUUGAGGAGUCGAUACCUAUAACGGCCUUUUAAUAAUUCAUAACGAUAUCACGAGAAUUUUGUCCAUUUUGUAAUGUUUCCCGAAUUCGAAUGGAUAUUGGGACAGUGGAACUGGGGAUUUGGUAUGGUAUUUGGUAUGGUAAUGAGUAUGGGUAUUGGACAAGGAUUUGGGCUAGGGAAUUGGAUGGCUGGUUGACCAAACGGGAUCUUAAUA